GUGUGAGGAAUCAGAGGCUCCCUCCAAGUGAAGCAGGUUCUUUCUCCUGUGCAGAUAUAUGCAGUGUAAGGAAAUAAAAAAUAUGGCAGUUCCAAGUAGCAGUUUCACCCUUAUCCAUAAAAAGUUCAGGUGUAGAAGGAUGGCUAAACAAGUUUGUGAGGAUAAAGACUUACCAGAUAUAAACACUUUGGGAUCCUUCCAGUCAGUCCCUUUGGAGAUUUUCCACAUGAUAUUAGGAUGCAUGCCAGUACGUGAUAUUAGCAUCUUCAGCAUGACUUCCAGAACCAUAAGCAGCCAUAUCACCACCUACAUUUAUUCACCUUCUGGGAUUCUCAGGCUUCUGGUUCAGGACUUUCAUAAUUCCGGCCUUGAAGAUGGGAGGCAAAAUAUCAGCAUACUUGAGCACUACAAAUAUUUAGGCUUAUUGCUUAAGAGGUGCACUUUGCUGCUUUCCACUAAAAAGAGGUUGAACUACACCCACAAAUUACUGUCUCAAGUCCCAUGUUUUAAACUGGGUGGAUGUGCGUCUCCGAUGAAGUGCGUUGGCUUGUCUUGUUAUGGACUAUUUCUGCAAGUUCUCACCGCAGGCUGGGAUGAGAUGGAGUGUCACAGAGUAUACAACACUAUCUGCAAUGUGACUAACUUGCCUCGAAAAGUACAGAGCCUAGUGAGCGGCACCCCAGGGUCUUCCUGCAAACAAGAGCUGUACGUGAGGUUGUUUUGCCGCAAUGUGCUGCUGGAUCACUGGGUUCGUUGCAAAGACACAGUAUUUUGGCUUACGCGGCUUCUGAAACCAUGGCCUCUGGUACACCAGGCCCGAUUGCUGUACAUUCUAUUUGGUCCAGUUUCUACCACAGAUGGAUAUAUUUUAUGGAAAAACAUGACACAGAGUGUGGUCGAUGAAAAGAGUUUGGAAGGACUUGCUACUACUAUUAAGUUGCUUUAUGAAACAGAUGUGAAGGGUUGGACUGCAGACGAUGUUAUCAGUCUGGUAGAGGAGCUAACAGUUGUACCCAAUGAAUGGCUUCUGGAGAACAAUGCCCGAUUUCUCAUCCUCACUGGGAAUAGCAUUUGCUUCAGCAUGCUGGCUAGAAAAGCAGUUAAAGGAAGAAGAAUGGAUUUAGCCAGAGUGAUGGUCUUUCUUGCCUUGGUAUGUCAGAAAGAUUUAUACUGCAUGGAGUGGGCAGUAAACAUGAUGCGAAGGGUUUCUAAGUUCUUUUGCACAAACGAAGAAAGGAAAUGUUUUCUGGGGCACGUAGAGAUGUCUUUUGCCUGUACUGUCACAGACAUGCUGCAGUCUGUCCUCGUCGCAGAAGAACGUGAUGAAGAGGACGUAAAUUUCAGGAACCUUUUCCAUCUUUUGAAAGCACAGGCAAAUUUCCACAAAGAGAUCCUGUACCUGACACUUACCCCUUCUGUCUGACAGAAAAAGAACCAGAAACUGCAGAGUUUGGGUCUGUUGUGUCUUUAUAUAAUCAUUCCCAAAUUAUGGUUGUCUUUCCAGUGCCUUCCAUUGCAGAAAUGCAAACAGCUGGUUCAUAGAUAUUUUGGAGGGAUUGUUGAGCUAUAGACAAGACUGAAGCCAUGCCUAAGUUACAUUUUAGGUGACUUAAUCAUUCUCUGAUUCUAUAGCACUAAUUAAUAUUGGUUGUAGCACUGGUUUGCACUAAAGACUAAACUGGUUUGAAUUUAAAAUGUUCUUUGUCUUAUAACAUUGUAGCGAUUAGAAGAAAUGUUAAAAGCAGCAUAGUUGUAUAAAAAGAUGCCAUUUCAAGCCUAGAGCUAUGAUCAAUCUCCAUUGUGUUCCUCACCUGUACCUGCUGCACUAGAACCACAGCACCUUGCCUGAGAAAUAAAUAGGCUGACACUCAAACAGGCCUGACAGACAUUUAAGGAGCAUCUCAAGGGUAAUGCAAUUCAACCAACCAACAAGGUAUGCAGCGGGUCUAGGAACUCAUACGGAUCAAACCACUGUUUGCUGUUAUACUACAUCUGGUACAGACUUUGUAGCUUUCAGUACUUUGAUCAGCUGUAGACAACAUCACCGCAGCACUGGAGGGGGCCAAUUGUUAGGCUUCCCCUAGUGAUUGCAAUCACUUACCUGAUGCUCCUGUUAGGAGGAACCUGCACCGGCCUGGGGUUCAUGCGACCAAGCGAUUGUAAGUGAUUACAAUAACUGGGGGGUUCCUAACAUUUUGGCACCCCCAGUGAUUAGACCUUCCCAUUCUGUGUGUUUGCAGCAAAAAUAGGUGAUAACACCUCUGUGGGUUCGAUACCAAAGGAUGUUCUUAUUAGCUAUAUUCUCCUUAUUAGCUAUAUUCUUCUUAUUAGCUAUAUUCUUCUUAUUAGCUAUAUUCUCCUUAUUAUCUAUAUUCUUAUUAGCUAUAUUCUUCUUAUUAGCUAUAUUCUCCUUAUUAUCUAUAUUCUUAUUAGCUAUAUUCUCCUUAUUAGCUAUAUUCUCAUAAUUAGCUAUAUUCUCAUUAUUAGCUAUAUUCUCAUUAUUAGCUAUAUUCUUCUCAUUGGCUAUAUUUUUCUUAUUAGCUAUAUUCUCCUUAUUAGCUAUAUUCCCAAAACUACUGAUAUACAAAUUGAUCUGGGAGCAAAACUUGUUGGCAUUGUCCAAAUGUAACUGCCCUUCAAUGUGAACACAAACUUAUAACUUUUUGUUGUGAUAUACUGAUGGCCAUAUUUAUAGUGGAGGAGUUAAUGCAGUCUGAUUGACAUUGUUUUUAACAUCACUGCUUAUUAACUUUGUUUUAUUGCAUAUAAUAGGGUUUACUUACUAAUGUCUGCACUGGUUCUAAGUGCAAAAAAAUAGGCAAAAUGUAUCAUAUUUUACCCUCAAUGCAACAUUCCAGUAUAUCUGCACCUCCUGAAAACCUGCCUGAUACAGAAUAAACUGCACACAGUUGUGCUAGACUCUCCUGAUUACAUUGUUAGCUUUUGUUGCCUUGUAUAUGGGUUAUGUCCUAAAUUAAAUUUGACGUAGGACAUUUGUUUAUUGACUGGGCCAUGAAGAAAAAUCCAGUAAGCUAAGAACAACAUUGCAAUGUAUUUGCUGACCACUGUCAAAUGAACUGGAUGGGGCCCCUAAGGGUCCAGUGAAUUGCCCAAGAGCUGAACUUUCAGAUCUGGCCAAUAAGGUAGCUAUAUGGCCACACAAAGGAGUCUUGAGAUGCGUGCUUAGCUUGACCAUGGCGGCAAACUGCAUGAUAUUAAAUACACUGUUUAACACCUAAGGCCACCAUAGUUUCCACUUAUGAUUUAAGUUACAUGUGUUGCAAAGAGUUUUCUCCAUCUGUGAUUUUUUGCAUGGAAAUA